AUGCCGAUGGCGCUGGAGAGAGGCGCCCGGCUCGGCCGCGGGGUGCCGCCGCCGGCCGCGGCGUGCGGCGGCUCCUCUUCGGCUGGGCGGGGCAGCGACAGCCGUGCGGAGGCGGUGCACGUGGAGGAGGCGGAGGAGGGAGACGGGGAGGUGCAGAGCUCGCUCAGAGGCCCCUUCGACACCAUGGACGCGCUCCAGGAUUCCCUGCCCUGCAGGAGAGAGGUAUCCGAAUUCUACAAUAGCAAAUCUAGUUCUUUGGCAAAUGAUGGGGAUGUUGUGCUCUCACCUCAAUCUUCAAAAGGCCUUGCUAAUCCUGAAACCCCGUCACCUAAGAAGCGUAAGGGUGCUCUUCCAUUCGGUAUCAACGAUAAUGAGACCCAGAGCAAAGAGCUGAGCCCUGUCGGCGAUGACACCAACAGCCCAACGACCUGCAGGAAGCCACUGAAUACAGCUGUUACAGGCAGAUCUCCAUGCAAGACCAGAAACGGCAAUGAGCGUGAUUCCUGUAAGAACCUGCCUUGCCAGUGCCUGCAGAGAAGGUUCACUGACAUGAAUGUCUUUUGUUCUCCACCUGUUACCCCUCAAAUUCAGCUGAUCUCAGUUCAGAUGGGAUCUAUCUCAGCGGUUGGUCAAGAUGUGGCGGAGUCGUCUCGUGUGGUUUCUCCUAGGGAAAAGCGCAGGAAAAACUAGCAACACCCGCAUUUUCACCGGUCAACCAUUGAUGUCAAUUAUAGACUGGAGUCCAGUGGCUAAGUAGAUUUUGGUCCCCAUAUGCAGUGCAAUGAUUCAUAGGGUCGGUGUUGGUUUGUACAGUUCUAGCCUGCUGGC